GUUUCUUUGGCGGCGCUCGGGUUUAGUAACACUUCGACUGCUUGACGAUCUCCACAUGUGGGGAGAGUGCUGUGUCCGACGAUCGCAGCAGCAGCAAACCAGCGUUUUCUUUUCGUGUGUGUUUUAAGAGAGAGAGAUAGAUAGAUCGCUAGAGUGAGACAUAAACAAUUUGCGGAUAGGACCAAAGGACCCGUCGAAGAUGUUACCCAGAGAUCUACGGCAUCUCUCGGGUCUUCUGGGCGCCGUGUAUUUGCUGGGCAGCCUUGUUUCCGUGACCUUAGCGGAUGGAAAGAUCUGCAACACAACGCUAUGUGAUUGCAAGGGAAUUAAGGGACGAGUGGGAUCCCCAGGACCCAUCGGAGUGCCCGGCUUGGAAGGUCCUGCCGGUGACAUAGGACCAUUUGGACCAUCCGGACCCGUUGGCGAGAAGGGAGAUGCCGGGGAGUACGGUGAAAUGGGCGAGAAAGGACAUCGCGGUGAUAUUGGACUUAAAGGAGAAACCGGAUACCCAGGAACUAGGGGUCUCGAUGGCGAGCCGGGAACUCAAGGACCACGCGGAAUCGAUGGGUGCGACGGCAAGCCCGGUCUCCAGGGUCCGAUCGGAGCGCCUGGCGCGAACGGAGUGCGCGGUCCGCCCGGAAAGCCGGGACAGCAGGGACCUCCUGGCGACGCCGGCGAGGGCGGCAUCAACUCGAAGGGCACCAAGGGAAGUCGCGGCGAGAGCGGUCCCGCUGGCUACCGCGGUCCGCCCGGAUUCGAUGGCGAUCGGGGCAGCAAGGGAGACACCGGAUACGCUGGUCUGCCUGGGGAGAAGGGAGACCCAGGUCUGCCGGGACCCAAGGGUGACACCGGACAGAUAGCCGACCUGCCCUACAAGCUGGAGGGCAAACCGGGUCAGAAGGGAGAGCCGGGCGACUCCCUGUCACCGGUUGUGAUCGACGACGACAGCAUCAAGGGCGUGAAGGGCGCCUCCGGACAACGGGGCGAUAAAGGACUGCAGGGACCGGAUGGACAGACCGGUAGCCCGGGUGGCGACGGUCGUCCCGGCGGCCGAGGCGAGACCGGAAGUCCCGGAGAGCGCGGCAAACCCGGCAAGGAUGGCGAGCCCGGCUUGUACGGCGAGAAGGGCCAGAAGGGCGUGCCCGGCUGGGAUGGCGAGUACGGACAGGAUGGAGCUCCCGGCGAGCGGGGUGAGGACGGAUUCCCCGGCACUCCGGGCAUCCAGGGACCCCCCGGCCGUCCCGGCGUCUACGAUCCCAGCCUGAGCAAGUCGCUACCCGGACCGAUGGGACCCCAGGGCGACAUUGGACCACCCGGAGACAUUGGACCACCGGGCACACCCGGCAAGCCGGGACGUCGUGGACCCCUGGGAUUGCCUGGACAGGCUGGAGAUGCCGGACUUCCUGGUAGUCGUGGUCCGCCCGGACGCAGUGAGCGCGGCGAGGCCGGCGACUUCGGACUGAUGGGACCGCCGGGUCCGCAGGGACCAACCGGCGAAGUCGGACCCCCGGGACGCUAUGGACCAACCGGUGAUGCCGGUUACAAUCUAGAGGGACCGAAGGGACAAGCUGGCACGAAUGGACUGCCCGGCCGGGAUGGCUUCCGCGGCGAUCGCGGCGAGGUCGGCGUUACUGGUGACAAGGGUCUGCCCGGCGAGGGCUACAACAUCGUCGGACCUCCGGGAUCCCAGGGUCCGCCCGGAUUGCGCGGACGUCCCGGCGACGAUGGCCGCGACGGAUACCCCGGCCUGACCGGCGACAAGGGACUGCGCGGCGAGGACUGUCCCAUCUGCAGUGCCGGACCACGUGGACCGCGUGGCCAGCAGGGCGACACCGGCUAUCCUGGACGACAUGGCAACACCGGAUUGAUCGGACUGACUGGACCGCGCGGCGUGAAGGGCAUGCAGGGCAAUCCCGGAAGGGCGGGCUUCAAGGGUCUGCCCGGACCGCCCGGUAUUCCCGGAGGACCUGGCAAGGUCGGAGCUCCUGGCAGCAAGGGUAUAGUGCAGGAGACCGGCAAUCGAAGGGAUGCCCCUCAGGGCGACGCGGGUGACACCGGACGACGCGGAGAGCCCGGCUACGAGGGCGCCAAGGGAGAGACUGGCAACUACGGCUUAGAGGGUGACCACGGCGAGACUGGACAGCGCGGCGACUACGGAGACGCCGGCUACCCCGGACGCGAUGGCCUGCCGGGACGCGAUGGACGCAACGGGGUGCACGGAAGGAACGCCACCACGCCGAAGGUCUUCCUCACCGGCGAGCCGGGACGCAAUGGAGCGAAGGGCGAGCGCGGCGACAUCGGAGACACGGGCUUCAAGGGCGACAAGGGUCUGAUGCAUCCCGGCGAUAUCUACGACAACCGCGGCGACGUCGGUGACGUUGGAUAUCCGGGUCUGCCCGGUCUUCCCGGACCCCGUGGUGAGAUGGGCGAGCUCGGCGAACGCGGCGAUGUCGGUGACGAGGGAGAAGGCGGUGAUGUGAUUCCCGGACCCGUUGGAGCCAAGGGCUAUCCGGGUGCGACCGGAGAUUACGGACCACAAGGAGCCCCCGGCGAACCCGGCUUGGACGGAGCACCGGGUUUGGACGGCAGGACCGGAUACAAGGGACAGCGCGGUGAGCCCGGACAGUCGGUGAUUCCGGGAGAGCGAGGCGGCCAGGGACGCAGCGGCAUCAAGGGACUCCCCGGCGAUGUUGGCAGCCCGGGCCCCUACGGACCAUCUGGUCUUCCAGGACCCAAGGGAGUGAAGGGCCAGCAAGGACCCUACGGCGCCACCGGGUUGAGCGGCCUGCGCGGCAACAAGGGUCAGCGUGGCGAUGUCAUCGUUGGUCCACCCGGACCGAAGGGUGAGCCCGGACUCAACGGUCGCCCGGCUCCGCACGGACUUAAGGGACAAAAGGGCGAGCCUGGAACGCUGGGCCAGAAUGGCGUGCCCGGCGUUAAGGGCAACAUCGGUUUCGCGGGUCGACGUGGCCUUCUUGGCAGCGCCGGUCUGCAGGGCAUUCCCGGCUCUCCUGGCAGCACCGGAUUCCCAGGCAUGGUCGGUGAGGUCGGCGAUCGCGGUGACAUUGGCGAGAACGGACGCGUGGGUGAUAUUGGACCUCGAGGAGCAACUGGCGAGUUCGGACCUAAAGGUCUCAUUGGAGACGAUGGACCAGAUGGCUACCCCGGAGCAAGCGGCAUUCCCGGACGCAAGGGCGAGCAGGGAGACCAAGGCUACCCGGGCAGACCUGGUGCCAAGGGCAUUGCCGCCUUCAGUGGCAUCAAGGGUGAGGACGGUGAGGCUGGCCUGACGGGACCAAUAGGUUUCCCCGGAGCACCGGGACCGAAGGGACAGGCUGGACCCGUGGGCGAUUCGCCUGUGGCCUUCGACGGAGUUCAAGGACGCAAGGGAGAGUUGGGCAGUCCCGGAAUCAAUGGAAUCCAUGGUCGCCACGGUCUGAAGGGCUUGCGCGGUGAUCGCGGUUUGGCCGGCGUGCAAGGCCAACGAGGCGCACCUGGAGAUCAAGGACCGGCCGGCUACAGCGGACUCAACGGAUCUAAUGGACUCAGGGGAGAAGUCGGCCCAGUCGGACCCGAUGGACCUAAGGGCGUUCGCGGUGACAGGGGCGUCGAUGGACUCGACGGUCGUCCUGGACUGACCGGCGACGUGGGACCUCGCGGAUUGACGGGUCUUCAGGGACCCAAGGGUCAACAGGGUGACGAGGGAGAAGUUGGUUAUCCCGGACUUGUGGAGAACUUGGGCGAUCGCUAUCUUUAUCGCGGUUUCGUCGGCGAUCAAGGCAUCGAAGGUGAACGCGGCGAGCAGGGAGAGUUCGGCGACAUUGGACCGAUCGGAGCUCCGGGCGCCAAGGGCGAACAGGGCGACAUCGGCUUCGUUGGCCUGGUAGGCUUCGAUGGUGUUCCUGGAGUGAAGGGCAUCCAGGGCGACCGUGGACUGCGAGGUCUUCCGGGUCUCGAGCUGCCGGCGGAGAAGGGCGACGAGGGAGAUGCUGGCCUAGAUGGACGUCCCGGUCGACCCGGACGCAUCGGCCAGAAGGGAGCACCGGGACCUUCGGGAGAGAUCGGAGCGAACGGAGUGAACGGACACCGGGGACCCCAGAUCGAGGGACCACCGGGACCCCAAGGUGAUGUCGGCUACCCCGGAGCGCCAGGACACAGUGGUCGCCAUGGACAGGUUGGAGCGAAGGGCGAGCAGGGCGACAUGGGUCGCCAGGGAGAGCGCGGUGAGCCCGGAUACGCCAUUCACGGCAUGCAGGGCGACACCGGAGACCUCGGCUUCGCCGGAAAUCCCGGCCGGGAUGGCGCCAAGGGUGAGCGAGGACAGACAGGACGACCGGGUCUGAAUGGCCAGGUGGGUCCCCAAGGACCUCGGGGCCUCGCCGGCGACGCUGGCUGGAACGGCAUCGAUGGUAUCGACGGACUCGUCGGCCCGAAGGGUCAGCCGGGUGUGACGUUCCCCUAUUCGAUGGCCCGUCCCGGUGAUCGUGGAGAGCCCGGAAUGAAUGGCUUCAAGGGCGAGGAAGGCGAAGUCGGAGAGCCAGGAUUCGAGGGACUCCAGGGACUGAGAGGAGAGACCGGUUAUCAAGGCGACCAAGGCGAGGUGGGCUACACCGGAGCGGAUGGACCACAGGGACCGACGGGUGACCAAGGUGAGCGCGGCUUGACCGGAGUGCCCGGUCUCCAGGGACAACCCGGACCGCAGGGAGACCCCGCACCAGCGCCGCCGGCACCGAAGAGCCGCGGCUUCAUCUUCGCCCGCCACUCGCAGUCCGUGCAGGUGCCCCGCUGUCCGGCGAACACGAACCUAAUGUGGGAGGGCUACUCCCUCUCCGGCAACGUGGCCGCCAGCCGAGCGGUGGGCCAGGAUCUCGGCCAGGCCGGCUCCUGCAUGCGGCGAUUCACCACUAUGCCGUACAUGCUCUGCGACGUGACGAACGUCUGCCAUUUUGCCCAGAACAACGACGACAGCUUGUGGCUCUCCACCAGCGAGCCCAUGCCGAUGACCAUGACGCCCAUCCAGUCGCGUGACCUCAUGAAGUACAUCUCGCGCUGCGUGGUGUGUGAGACUACCACCAGGGUCAUCGCCCUCCACUCGCAGUCCAUGUCCAUUCCGAACUGCCCCAACGGCUGGGAGGAAAUGUGGAACGGCUUCAGUUACUACAUGACAACCUUGGACAACGUGGGCGGAGUUGGACAGAGCCUGGUAUCCCCUGGUUCCUGUCUGGAGGAGUUCCGCGCCCAGCCGGUGAUCGAGUGCCAUGGCCACGGACGAUGCAACUACUACGAUGCACUGGCCUCCUUCUGGUUGUCGGUGAUCGAGGAGCAGGAUCAGUUCGUGCAGCCUCGCCAGCAGACGCUCAAGGCGGAUCAAACCAGCAAGAUCAGCAGGUGUACGGUUUGUCGUCGUCGUGGAGACACCUUUGUUGCCCGCACUACGGCAUCAUCCUCGUCUUGGUCGUCAGGUGGCUCAUCUUCGUCGGGCGCUAGGAUUCCCUCGGGCGGUUCGAGCUCUUGGUCUUCGAGGUCGUCUUCGGGAUCAGCUGGUGACUCCGAUGGUGACUUCAGGGCAGGCUGGAACGCCAACAGUGCUUCGCCCUCUGGCUCGAGAACUGGAUCGCAACCCAAUCCUGGUUCUUACUCAUCCUGGUCAUCGGGAAGCCCUGCAGGAGGAGCCAGUUCUAGCUGGUCCUCCGGCUCCGGUGCAAGAUCGAGAACUGGUUCCAAUCCUGGCUGGUCAUCGGGAUCCAAUCCUGGCUGGCCCGCUGGCUCCGGUGCAGGAUCGAGCUCGGGAUCCAGUCCUGGCUGGACAUCGGGAUCCAGUCCUAGCUGGUCAUCGGGAUCCAGGCCUGGUUGGUCCUCCGGCUCCGACUCCAAUGCCAGACCCAAUUCUAGCCCGAACGCCGGCUGGUCGUCGGGCUCCAGCUGGAGCUCCGAUCCCCGCAAUCCCGCCGGGUCACGGUAUAUUCCUUCGAACCAACGACAGCCGUACAACUCGGCCCAGAACCCCCAAUUGAACGGAAGGUACCAGUCGGCCCGUCGGCCGGCCAACCUGCAGAACUACAACGAGUACGCUCGCCACGGCGGCGAUAGCCGCCUGUACAACCGGCGCACGCGCGAGGACACCACCGCCCCCUAGAUUGCAGUUCGAACUAAGUAGCAGUUAAAUUUUUGUCUUAAGUCUAUUGCUAUCCUAUCACGAUAACGAUAACGAACCAACCCCAAAUACCAAACACCAAAAAUAAGCUAAAACCAACCACUGAAGAGUGCCAUUUUCCGUGGAGAUGUAAUCUAAUUACGUGGACACCUAUGUAAAGCUAACACCAAGUGCCGAAUGCCAAAAAUGAAAAUGGGGCUAGGAAGAGUAACCACUGCCUUCACUGCAACGAAUGUAACGAAUCUUCUGCCUCUGUUGGGAUUAUUGUAAACGUAACAAAACCAAAAACAAAACCCAGUUUUUUGAUAAAUAAAAUUUACAACACAUAAAACCAA